ACGUGGAAGUGGAUGCCACUGACCACCCAUCGCCACAACUCGUGCCGCUGCUGCUGCCGCCGCCGCUGCUGCUGCUGCUGCUGCUCCUGCCGUGACAAGCGAAGCCGCAUCCCGUCUCGCAGAGGGAACUCGUUUUCACUCCGAUCUCCGCGCCAGGGAAUGUGGCGGCGGUUCCAGAGAUGUCUGGGGCUGGAGCAGACGCAGGUGACGGACACGCGGACGGUGCGCGUGUCGAAUCACGCGCCGCCCCACGUCGAUCACUACGUGCCUCAGUGGUUUCCCGACAACCGCAUAAUCUCCUCCAAGUACACCGUGUGGAACUUCAUUCCCAAGAAUCUCUUCGAGCAGUUCCGCAGAAUCGCAAACUUCUACUUCAUCAUCAUCUUCCUGGUGCAGCUCAUAAUAGACACUCCCACGAGUCCGGUCACCAGCGGGCUCCCCCUCUUUUUUGUAAUAAUCGUCACGGCCAUCAAACAGGGAUAUGAAGACUGGCUCCGGCACAAAGCCGACAACGAGACCAACAACUACACUGUGUACGCGGUGCGCAGCGGCGGCCUCGUAAAGACGCGCUCCAAAAACAUUCGGGUGGGCGACAUCGUGCGUGUCACGUCAGACGAGACGUUCCCGUGUGAUCUGGUGCUGCUCUCGUCAUGCAACGGGGACGGCACAUGUCACGUGACGACUGCGAGCCUCGAUGGGGAAACCAACCUCAAGACCCACACGGCCCUGCUGGACACGGCGAGGCUGCAGUCGCUGCUGCAGCUCUCUGAGCUGCACGCCACCAUCGAGUGUGAACAGCCGCAGCCCGACCUCUACAGGUUUGUGGGCAGAAUGGUGAUCCACCUGGAAGACACGGAGCAAGAUGUUGUGAGGCCCCUGGGACAGGAAAACCUCCUGCUCCGGGGCGCUCGCCUCAAAAACACCGACGAGCUCUUUGGCGUCGCCGUUUACACGGGCAUGGAGACCAAGAUGGCGCUCAACUACAAGGGCAAGUCGCAGAAGCGCUCUGCCGUGGAGAAGUCGAUGAACUCAUUCCUCACCGUGUACCUCACCCUGCUGUUGGUGAAGGCUCUGCUGAGCACGGUGCUCAAGUACUGGUGGCAGGCGACGCCGCAGAAUGACGAGCCCUGGUACAACGGCAAGUCCGACAAGCUGAAGCACGUCAACAAGUUCCUCGCCGGCUUUGCCGACUUCCUGGCCUUCAUGGUCCUUUACAACUACGUCAUCCCCAUCUCGCUCUACGUCACCGUGGAGAUGCAGAAGUUCCUCGGAUCCCUCUUCAUCAGCUGGGAUAUGGCGCUGUACGACGAGGGCUCCAACGAGCGCGCACUCGUCAACACCUCCGACCUCAAUGAGGAGCUGGGCCAGGUGGAGUACGUGUUCACGGACAAGACGGGCACGCUGACGGAGAACGACAUGCAGUUCCGCCAGUGCUCUAUCGGCGGGGUCAAGUACGUGGAGGAGGACGGGGUCCUCCUCCCGCUCGGCGGCGGCGGUGCCGGUGGAACUGCCGACGACGACAAUGGCGGUGCCGGUGCCGCCACUCCUGACAGCCCGGCCGCCAUCUCCAGCAGCAACAUCACUCCGUCCGUGGUGCAGUUCUUCCUGGCGCUGGCGCUGUGCCACACGGUUCACAUCAGCAAGGAGGAGGGGGGCAGCGCGGACGAGGCGGGGGGCGCCUCCGCGGGCAGGGCCACGGGAAGGGGAGGCAGUGCCGCCAGCCAACCCGCCGUGCUCUACUACGCCUCCUCUCCGGACGAGAAGGCCCUGGUGGAGGCCGCGCAGAGGCUCGGAGUCACCUUCCUUGGGCUGCACGGGGACAUCAUAGAGGUUCGAACCAUGGGCGAUGUGAACAGGUUCAAGCUGCUGCAGGUGCUGGAGUUCGACUCCAACCGGAGGUGCAUGAGUGUCAUCGUGGAGAAGGGGUCGGGCGAUGUCCUCGUCAUCACCAAGGGAGCCGAGUCGUCCAUCCUGCCCAAGGUCGUGUCGGGAGAGGUGGAGCGCACGCGGGCUCACGUGGACGAGUUCGCCAUGGAAGGCCUGCGCACCCUGUGCCUCGCCUACAAGGCUCUGAGCGGGGCGGAGUACUUGGAGACGGAGCAGCGGCUGCACGCGGCGCGCGUGGCGCUGCAGAACCGCGACGACGAGACGCGUGCCGCCUUCGACGCCAUCGAGAGUGGCCUGCACCUGUUGGGGGCCACCGGCGUGGAGGACCGGCUGCAGGAGGAGGUGCCCGAGACGAUCGAGGGGCUCCGGCGUGCGGGCAUCAAGGUGUGGGUGCUCACAGGCGACAAGCAGGAGACGGCCGUCAACGUGAGCUACUCGUGCGGCCACUUGCAGCGCGGCAUGGCUGUCCUGGAGCUCACGGUCCAGACCUCGGCCGAGGAGUGCGCCGAGACGCUGCUGCAGCUGCUCAAGCGGAUGAACGAGGACGGCGUGACGCAGCAGGCGCUGGUGGUGGACGGUGCGAGUCUGUCGCUGGCGCUGUGUGAGCACCAGGAACUCUUCAUGACCGUUUGCCAGAGCUGCGUUGCUGUUGUUUGCUGCCGCAUGGCGCCGCUGCAGAAGGCCAAGGUGGUGCGUCUGAUAAAGACAUCGUCCAGCAGCCCCAUCACCCUGGCCAUCGGGGAUGGAGCCAACGACGUUAGCAUGAUCCAGGAGGCGCACGUGGGCAUCGGCAUUAUGGGUAAGGAGGGCCGGCAAGCGGUGAGGAACAGCGACUACGCCAUCGCGCGCUUCCGCUUCCUGCUACGCCUGCUGCUUGUGCACGGACACUUCUACUACGUCCGCGUGGCCGAGCUCGUGCAGUACUUCUUCUACAAGAACGUGUGCUUCAUCAUGCCGCAGUUUCUCUACCAGUUCUACUGUGGCUUCUCCCAACAGACGCUGUACGACAGCGCCUACCUCACGCUCUACAACAUCUGCUUCACCUCGCUGCCCGUCCUGCUCUACAGCCUCGUGGAGCAGCACGUCAAGCCCGACAUGCUCAUGAAAACACCGGCGCUCUACCGGGACGUGAGCCGCAACUCGCUGCUGGGCGUGCGGCCCUUCAUCUAUUGGACGGUGCUCGGCGUCUUCGACGGCCUCGUCUUUUACUUUGGAGUCUUCCUCCUCUUCGGCCACCACACGUCGCUCUCCAGCAACGGGCAGAUGUUCGGGAACUGGACCCUGGGGACGAUGAUCUUCACCGUGUUGGUGUUCACGGUGAACCUCAAGCUGGCCCUGGACACGCGGUACUGGACGUGGAUGAAUCACCUGGUGACUUGGGGCUCCCUGGGCUUCUACAUCCUCUUCUCGCUCUUCUAUAGUGGCAUCAUCUGGCCGUUCCUGCGGGCGCAGGACAUGUACUUUGUGUUCAUGCAGCUGCUGUCGAGUGGCCCUGCGUGGCUUGGCAUCAUGUUGCUUGUCACUGUGAGCCUCCUGCCCGACCUGCUCAAGCAGACGGUGUGGAGGACUCUGUGGCCCACAGCCACGCAGCUUUUGCAGGAGGCCGUGAGCGUGGGGCGCCGCGGGGCCGGCGUCUCUGAGAGCACGCCACUCGCCGAGAUGGCGCGACACCUCCGCAGGAGAAUGUACGGCGCGGGAGGCGGCGCUUCGGGAGGAGCAGGAGGGAGAGGCAAGCGCUCGCCGACCUCCAGGUCCGGCAUGGCGGCUGCGGCGGCGGCGGCGUCGCUAGACAACGGGCACGUGUUCCUGGUGGACGCAGAGGUCCUGUCGGACGUGACUCAAGUGUGACGACGCGGGGCCCCGUCCAUUCACCUCAAUUUCCACCCCCCCCACCCCGGACCCCCCCUGGCCACCGUGAAGCCGAGUCUAGCCGCUGGGAUGACCACGGCGCCUCGUGCGCCGACCCGAACCUGAGACUGACCGGAGCCCCAGAGCGAGUCGUGGCGUCGCCACGCCCGGCUCGUCCCACGGCCUCCACUCCAGCCCUGCUCACUGCCGGCUCUCAGACUCGAGGCUUAAUGACGGAGGGGGCACUACUUAAUACCUCUUGCAGUUGGGCCUAAAGAAGCCUUUGUUUAACUUUAGUGUUCUGAGUGAGCCGAAACAUGUUGGGUCUGUCGAUGGCCGGUUUGAAUUGUCGCUGAGGUAGGACUGGGGAACUGUGCAGCUGAUGCAACUUGUGUUCACUAGCGCAGAACGUUGCCCUCUCUGGUAUGGUUCCCAAAAGGCCUUGCCGCCCAAAUUCACGGCUCUGCACUGCUGCUCGUGCUUUUGUUUAAAAAACGUUUCAACUGUGUCCUCAUGUAGCCCACAGUGCCUCUGGGAUCAGUCAUUCAUACACCAGGAUUAAUUUGUAGGGCUAGCCACUUAAUGUUUGGGCUGCUUGGGGUCAAGUAAAUCAGGUUCCUGAAAGUAUGUUGACAAAUAGGGCUCAGUCAUAUUUAUGUAUGUUGAACUUCUUUGCACCGUACGUAGCCAACAAUGCUAAUUGGAGGUGCAGGGGAAGGACAACAAAACGUAUAAACCAAACAAUACUUUUCAGCAUUGUCAAAUCCACUGCUGGAUCCAAGGCCUUCUCAAGUGCCGGUCGUUCCAUGGGGCUGGCCGCCGCCCACCGCUCCAGGAGGAGGAGGUGUGCAGCGGGGCUGCUUUCCCCGCCAGUCCCGGCCAGACCGUGCGCUCGUUGGCGUUCGCCACGGUUUACAGGGUUCGCUGAGAAUAUGUGCGCCCAAUGUCAUUUAUUGUUUGCGAGAUAUGUGGAUUUAUUUACAACUGAAGUCAUCGCCUUUGUGAAAGUGCACUCUUCAAUCCUUAACGCCUUUUGUAGGCCCCACUUGCCCUUGUGGGUGACGUCGCCUCCUCCAAACCCUGCACCUUUAACCCCUAAAAGCGCCUCUCUCGCCACGCUUGUCCCGUGUCCUUCGAGCCCCGUUGACUCCGUCUGAAUCUCGAGGGUCGACCCCCCUGGCCCCGAUCAGACCCCAGCCCAGCCAAUAAAGACACAACGACGGGGAGUCAUGUGCUCUCUCCGAGGUUCUCCUGCACUCGUCCCCGCUGGAGGCUUGAACCACCAGACCAGACUCCUCGUCAGCUGCACCACGGCCCCAACUCCCCUCCUCUCGAGCUUCCGAGCCCCUCCCCACAGCUCCUAAGCCCCUCCCACACCCGAGUCCCUCCCACCCAGCCUUAGCCCCGCCCCACAGCUCGUAAGCCCCUCCCACACCCGAGUCCCUCCCACCCAGCCUUAGCCCCGCCCCACAGCUCGUAAGCCCCUCCCACACCCGAGUCCCUCCCACCCAGCAUUAGCCCCUCCCCACAGCUCGUAAGCCCCUCCCACACCCGAGUUCCUCCCUCCCACCCAGCGUUCGCCCCUCCCACGGAUGGGUGACCCGUGGCUGUGCCUUCUUGCAGCAGCGGCGGCAGCAGCAGAUGGACUUUGGGGGUUCCCGAGGCGGCCCCCCGGAACGCGGUGUAGCGAGCGGCGGCGUUGAGCCCUCCUGCUCUGCGGCUGUAAGUCUCUUGAGGGUAGACGAUGUACGGCUGUGGCAGCUUCUUGUGUUGCCAUGUGGUGGAGGGGUGGGGGGAGCAACAGUGGGAGACUUCGUGUCCCCUGGCUGAUGUCACUUCUCUGGGAUUGUAGUCGUCGGAUGUUGAAGGAAUACCGCACCAGAAAACCAGAUCCAAUUGUCUCUUGCAUAAUGCACUUGUGGUCUGCAGGAGUGUUCACCUGGUUAUUUAAAUGACCACUACGCUCCAGAUACCGAGGCUGCAUUGUCCGGACUGUCUGACAUGGGUUUGAAGUUUUGUUCAUGAGAAGGAAGACGUGCGAGUCUAUGGGCAGGCACCUAAUUCUAAGGCCUCGCCAUCAAUGGGCGGCACCUCGUCUCAUGUGAUAGCGCUUCAAAUACAGCCCAGGAUGCCAGCACCUGGUUGUGUGAACUAAACGUAAAACAACAGCGCUUUAUUAUUUCAGUAACAUCCUUCAAUUGCGUGUUUAACUGCUGACGUCACAACGACUUUGCCAUAUAUUGAAAUGCCACAUUUUUCGCGAGUAAUGCUUUAACGGGGUUAUAUUUAAUUUAGAUGGCAAAAUAUUACUUUACACUUUUUAUUGUUAAUGUAUUACGGUUUAUGUUCGCCGUUGUCUUAUCUGUGGUACGCUGCACUGAUUUUACUUACCUUGAGGAAUGAACCCCGCUCCAGUAGGAUUUGAGGGAAUGUCUGCGCCAGGUUUUGUAGAACGGCCCAUGACAGGAUUUUGCAAACAGCAGUCCGCGUGUGGCGCAACGAGGGACUCGACUGGGAGACGAUUGCCCGGUGAUUAUUGGCUCGGCGCUGAGUCGCCAUGUGCCACACAGGGACAGCUGCCACUGGAGGUGCCCUUUCAAAUAUUUUAGAUGAGACGAGAUGCAAGUCUGGACAUAUGUGAAAAGCUUCAUAGCUCGUCGGAUUCUUCGAGGAUAAAUAACGAUUCUGAAUUCUGUAGCUUGUAAACGUUCUCUUGAGACGCCCCGGCCAAACGAAGGGGCGGCUCCGUCACUCGUCAGCGUCACACUGGAAGAAGCGGCGUGCGCCUUUGGCCUUAGAACCGGCGCGCAAACUCUCGCGGUUGGGGGUUUCCGCAGCCGCCUCUGGGAGGGGGAAGCGUUUUGGUUUUUCGCCUCUGAUCUGUGACGCCCCCCCCCCCCCCCGUGUCUUUUGUGCGGCCCGGUGGUGUCGCAGUGGCACCGUGACGAGGGUUGCCACCCCCAAGGUACAAACAACCAGGACGUGUCCUGGGAAGCGCAAGAGAAUGUCGCCCAGUACUGCAAUCGGGCGUUGUCUUGAGUGGUGUAUCGCGAGUUUCUUUACGCAGCAAACUAAAUCCCAAGAUAACCAGGACAGGUGGCAACCCUAGCCGCGGUACCGGAGCUAUCCGGUAGCGCUCGAGUCGUGAGUAGUCCCCUCCGUGUGCGAACAUCCGCCUUGCGGGGAAAAAACAGAGGACCACUCCAUUUCAUACAGCCCUGACCAUUUCAUAGACAGGACGGCAAACUUAAAUUAGAAAACGUGGCAGCAGAGCGGAUUGCAUUGGGUUUGGAAUUGGUGGUGCUGUUAACAACUUUAGAGCCACUGAUUUUCUUCGAAUUAAUAAUUCGUGAGCAUUACACAGAACUCGCACACAGAGCCAACCACUCUGCCAGAGUUGAUACUGCCUUGUCACAAACACCCUGAACCGCCUCAGUCCCUGACUAAACCACACACCGUCCCCCUCUUCAUAUGCCACAACCAAAUCACCCUGAAUGUGCCCGGUCUCGCCAGAUUUUUGGAAGCUAAGCAAAAAUAAACCUGGUUAAAACUUGGGUGGGAGACCCCUUUAGAAUGCCAGCUGUUGUAGGCCUGGGCUGCCAUGUGGCCAAGAUAUAUCGGUCCACCAAUACGUUCUUAAAUCUAUCUGUGCAGAGCUUUGGGAGUUUCAUAAGCAUGGACCUUCUCUGGGUUCUCCUUUUCUCCUCCCGCAUGAAAUUAAACGUUGCCAAACAGAAGUGGCCAAACAUCGCUAUGUAGCAGCACUCUCCUGAAAGUCACAAAGACCUUUCCGUUUUUGCCCGGAUGAAAGGUCAACCAACAGGGGCACACUGAACCAUUGAGUCGUUUCGUACAAGCAGUCGUUGCGUUGCACCCCCCGCUCCAUUCCACACGAGAAGCCUCAAAAUACCGGGAGGAGAAUCGCCUUCAUUUUCAGCACGAGGCGCCUAGCAGCAUGGCGCUGAGCACACACGCGCUGUCUGCUGGCAGUCGUGUUCAGUCUGAUCACUGGAUCAUGUGGAGCCCAUUUGUGAAUCCACUGCGGGGUGAGCCCCCCCCUCACGCUGUGGCUGUUGAGUGUAUUUGACCAUACUUCACCAUGCUGCUCGGUGUGGAUUGAUGAAGGCGGGAAACAUAGACAUGGGAGCAUAGAAGUACGAUACAACAGUGAAUUUUACACGUAUGUUUUCGUGACCAAUAUCCAUAAUUAUAGGGUGUUUUGGGUUAGAUCGCGUAAAUAUAAAUGUGUCGUUAAACCCGCCACCGCAUGACGCAUUAAAUUAGUAAGGUUUAACCCGCAACAUUUACAAUGGAUUUACUCUCCAACACACCAGUGCGUUGUACUAGUAACGAAUUGACAAAUUGGCUGUCGGUUUAACGACACUUUUGUAUGCGAUCUACCCCAAACAACCUCUUGGACAACCGUGAGUGUUGCUGAACUACUGUCUGUGGCCCACCACGUAUUUCUGCAGCAGUCUAUAACAACUGUUUAUGCACACAGUAGUCACCCAUCCAAGUACUAUCCAGGGUCAACCCUCCUCAGCUUCAGAGGUCUGAUGAGAUCGGGUGCAUUUUCGGUAAUUUGCUUGUGGGCAAUUACAAUUUUGAGAAUAUGAACAAAAUGCAGCCUGGGAUCCAAACAUUUGCAGCCUACCGCAGAGAAAUAAUUCCCUACCUGCAAAAGUGUGGACAGUUGAGUGCGGAUGUUGUGAAGUGUCGGUGUUUGCCAUGGCUCGUCAUGGACCCAUGUUGAUGCUGUUCUCUCUUGUAUGGAUGUCUGUUCUCCCAUCUUCCCUUCAGCCUCAUGGACGACGUUUGCAUGCGUCCCUCUUCUGCUGUGGUCUCUUCUGAGCGAUGGGUGCCAGCUGGAGUCAAACACCGGCCUCUUUUUCGCAUCGCUCACUCCCUCAUCUUUACAUCCUUCCGCUCUUGUCUGUCCAUCGCCUCGCCUCCUUGGCAUCUUUGUCAUUUCAGUCUAUGACAUCCGGGGCUUAAUGUCUCACUAAAUAUGUUCUGGGUUGCUUGUAGGCUGGAGUUGGUGGCACUUGACUCGUAGCCAAUAACAGGCAGGCAGUGAGAGGGAGACUGCGGGAGGCGGUACUGGAUGUGGUGCGCCGUAGUUUGGUAGCGGCGUUGUUGGCGGCUGGGUGCGAUGCCUCCCAAAUGCCACAGCCAAUCGGGUGCCCGGGACAGCGCUUGGCUCUUUUGGCACCCCGAGGUUGGCAGUGGAAAUUCCACAUUAUUCUGGCUGAGACCUUGCAACGUGAAAUUCAACUUUUGCAAUUGUGAGUCACACGCCUGGACUGUGUCAGCUGCCCGAUAGAAUGUCCUUGUGUUAGACCAAUCGUGGACAGGUGUGGCCUGUCGCAAGGCGGCAUGGUUGUGCUCUCUGAUCGAGCUCCAGGAUGCCUGCGUGUGAGGACGUUGGGACUCGUUUUGUUGACCCCGAAGUCCACACCUGACGCUGUUCACACCGGGGUGCUCCGGGUUGUACCUCCUAUGUUGUACCAGCGCUGCUUAUCUCAAAUAUUCAUGCUCCUGUCUUUGAAGCCGCGCUUGAAUCUGCAUGAUGCGUUCUGUUUCCUGUGCGUACGUAGACCUCCGAUUCGCACAGUUGGCUACGUACGGUGAGAAAGAAGUUUAACGUACAGGCACGUUGUUUGACAUUGUUGCGCCGUCUCCUGAGUCUCAGAGUUGUUCAGCCGGAUCCACACCUGGGCGAUAAUUUGCGCAACGCUGUUGCAUGCAACUAAAUCGCUUAUAUAUGGAAAAGUGGCGACGGACUCACUUUCCAGCAUCGACCCGCUCAGCGAUCCGGGGUGACCUCUUUCAUCACGAGCUCCACGUUCGUGAACUCUGCUUGCCGUUGUUUUCUUGUUGCGUCAUUUGUUGUUGCCCAACUACAGCGGUGCUCACUCGCAUGUGGACAGAUCCCAUUGCAUUUUAAACCUCUCUGCGUUGUUGUUGAUUUCCUGCCGAGGCUAAGUGGCUUACCUUCCUUUGCACCUGAUAUAUAUUUAUACAUUUACACCCCUCCCCCCCCCAAAAAACCUGUUCUAAAUAUCGUUAUUUUAUUUAUACGUUCAAAGCACGCGUACGGGAGCUCUACGUGUAACAAAUUGCACUGGCGUGGCGGGUUUGUGGUACUUUUGUAUUCGUUAUACAAUAAGCAAUACAAUCAAAACAUGUUCCAAAAGCCAAAUACUUAAGGAGUCCUUCAAAGUGAAAGUCCAUUGUUGAACUGCCCUUGUGGUGCAUCAUCUGUUUAGUUCUACCCCAGCUAUAGUUUUUACAAAAUAGAAGUGUCUUGUGUAAAAUAAUUAAGAGACUUUGUCAACGAUAUGAAGGAAUUGUAUAAGUUUGUCCGUGAAAGUCCAUUGAAUGUUGAUUACUUUUACCCCGUGCACAUGCGUAUAUAUUUUAUAUCUGUUCUGCGAUAACUUGAAAAUAAUGCAAUAAAAUGUCAAACUGUUGACCAGA